AGAGAGAACCGACCUCACCCUCGCGUCCCCCGACCGGCAGCGAGGAGGACUCCUCCAAGCCUAGAGCGGCGGCCGCUCUAGAGCAGCUGCACUCGGUGGUGCCGCGCGGGGCUUCCGGGCCGGGCCGGGCCGGGCAUGGCGGCGGCGGGGGAGCAGCCCUGCUGCCCCUCGGGGGGCCGGGAGGAGCCCUGCUGCCCCUCGGGGAGCCCCUCGGAGCCCUUCAGCCCUUCGGCGCUGGGCACCCGGGAGCACUGGGAUGCUGCGUAUGGAAGAGAACUGCAGGCUUUCCAAGAUACCGGAGAUGCCGGGGAAAUCUGGUUUGGAGAAGAAAGCAUGGCUCGUGUUAUCAGAUGGCUGGGAAAACAGAAGGUGCCCCUGGACAGUUCUGUGCUGGACAUUGGAACUGGGAACGGUGUUUUACUGGUUGAAUUGGCAAAGUCUGGCUACACUAAUCUCACUGGGAUCGAUUACUGUCCCUCUGCAAUACAACUUUCAGAAAAAGUAAGGGACAAAGAAGGGUUGUCUAACAUUAAAUUAAAGGUAGAAGACUUCCUGGCUCCAUCAGCUGAGCUGUCAGGAUUUGAGAUUUGCAUUGACAAGGGGACUUUUGAUGCCAUAAGCCUUAAUCCAGAUAACGCUGUGGGAAAGAGGAAGCAGUACCUGAGAUCCCUCUGCAGUGUCUUGAAACCAGAGGGAUUUUUCCUCAUAACAUCUUGCAACUGGACCAAGGAGGAGCUGCUGAACGAGUUCAGGGAAGGAUUUGAAAUUCUGGAGGAGCUGCCAACACCCAAGUUUUGCUUUGGAGGAAGAACUGGAAACAGUGUAACAGCAUUGGUUUUCCAAAGGAAAAAAGGGAGGCAAUCCAUCUUGGACAAAUUAGAUUAGUUGAGAAAAAAAAGUCUGAACUUUAAACCUGACAGAAAACCUCAGACACGUGUGUAAAUAACUGCUAUUUGAGUACACAGUAAUACACUGUGUAUGGAACUCUAAGGGACUAUAAAACAUUGCCCUAGAAACAUUUCAGCUCUGCAUAACUUGCCUAUAAAUUUUGCCCUUGCUACAACCUCACUUGUUUUAGGGAAAAUGCAAGUUUGUAAGUGAGGGAGAAAUAAGGCAAUCUCAAUAUGGAGACUGGUAUAACUGAAUGAUAGUUGUGUUUGGAACACAAAGAUUACCUGGUGUUUAAUUCCUGUAUUGGCAACCAGUGAGCAGUAAAGGUAUUCUGCAAAGCAAAAAACAUCUCAUGUCUCUGUUUUGUGGUGUCAUAGGGAACAAGUUUUGCAAUUUAAGUGCUGGGUUUUUUUCUUAGUUGACCAUGAAUGUAGCUGUUAAGGAGGGAAUGAAUAUAAAAGCCAUAGCACUUGCAAAAAAAGGACCAGUUAGUGCUUUAAAUUCACAUUUUCAGAGCUUCUCAGACUCAGCAUGGUUCUGUCUCCACGGAAAUACCUCAGGUGUUUUCCCACGGAGGAAGGCUGUUGGGUGCUUUUGAAAAUUCCUCUUGCCUGAAGAUGUUCCUGCUUUAGCAGUUAUUUUCACUUAUAAAUAUAUAAAAGUGUGAAGUCAGAGUCUCUCUAGCACGUGACAUAUGCCUCCAUCAUUAAUUUGCUAUAUAGUAAUGUCUGAAGUGUCACCAAUGACUGUGUUUUCCAGUCAAUGUCUCAGGACAGAUUUGAGCUGCAUAAAUCCAAAACAACCCAAUGCACAACUGUCCAUUCCUUUUUCCUUUGAAAAAAAAUAAACUUCUGCGUGUGAUCCUUU